CGUGCCGACACACGGACUCCAGUCUUGUCCGGGACACCAAUGCGGCGGCGUUUCGUGAUCCGUGCAUGUGCAUACACGGUAACGGGAUCCAACCUGAUCGUCGCGCAUCGUCGUCGUACGCGAGAUCGCUCAUACCGGUUUUUCGUUAAAACUUUUUCGCUCUCCGAGAGACCGCCGCCGACCCGAUCGCAUAAUAUAUAUCGCACGCGUAUAGAUCCAUCGCACACGCGUGGCUUGAAAACAUUUCAACCGUUACAACAGCAAGUGCGCGUAUUUUUUUCGCGUUCGUCGAGUGCGCAACAUCAUCCCCGAUGUACUAAUGUUAUAACGUGAUAUACCGCUGUCGUGGUUCGAAUUUUUGUUUUUACAUCCUAUCGUUUGCAGUACAAUUCUUGUCAUUCCAUAACAGUACAACCGUUCGUGAGUUUCGUUGUUUCGAUGUUCGUCCGCUUUACGAUCGUUUCGCGCACGGUCACGGAAAGAUGACAGUUACCAACUUCGGCAUGAUGAGGCCCUGUUUUACCGGAUACCCAUUUCAAGGCCAGGGCCGGGUGAACCAGUUAGGCGGCGUGUUCAUCAACGGCCGGCCGUUGCCCAACCACAUACGGCUGAAGAUCGUCGAGAUGGCCGCGGCCGGCGUGCGGCCGUGCGUCAUAUCCAGGCAGUUGCGCGUGUCGCACGGAUGCGUGUCGAAAAUACUUAACCGCUACCAGGAGACGGGCAGCAUCAGACCGGGCGUGAUCGGCGGCAGCAAGCCCAGGGUGGCCACGCCGGACGUGGAGCGACGCAUAGAGGAGUACAAGACGGAGAACCCCGGCAUUUUCAGCUGGGAAAUACGCGACAGAAAUGACAAUGAGCCCGCCCAAUAUCACGAUAAUAAAAGAUUGAUCAGAGAAGGAUUAUGCGAUCGUGGAAGUGCUCCGUCCAUCAGUGCAAUAUCAAGACUUUUAAGAGGUCACGAUGGUGAUGACACAGGUUCUGAAAAAAAAGUCAGCGAUGGUAAGACUUCGGAUGGCUCGGACUGUGACUCGGAACCGGGUAUACCACUAAAGCGCAAACAGCGACGGAGUAGAACUACGUUCACUGCGUUGCAGUUGGACGAGCUGGAAAAAGCGUUCGAACGCACUCAGUAUCCGGACAUUUACACCAGAGAAGAGUUGGCCCAGCGGACUAAACUAACCGAGGCCAGAAUACAGGUAUGGUUCAGCAACCGGCGCGCCAGACUGAGAAAGCAAAUGUCAAGCAACACCGGAAGUUCGACACCGGGUUCCGGAGGCUACGGCAUGGGGUUGGCUCUCGGGUACUCGCCGACAGCGCAGCAGCAAAACCAACAGCAGCAACAGUCGUCGGGGCCGAACUCGUCUUCCACGCCCGCGUACAUAAUGUCGCCACAACAGUUGCACGAACCGUACAAUACGCCGGACGGAUACAAAACGGACGCCGACGACCAUCACCAUCAACAGCAACAACAACAACAACAACAGCAGCAGCAGCAGCAACAACAGCAGCAGCAACAACAACAGAUGCUGAUCAAAGAAGAACAACAGCAAAACAACAUGAUGUAUAGUGGCCUAGGAGCCACGACGUUAAUAGACCACGACAACAGACCGCACAGCAAUAUCAGUACCGAAGCCGCAACAGCCACGUCGUACAUCGGUAUCGCGGCCGGUUCGUAUCCGAGCACACCGCUGUACACGACCACGUCAUCUCUACUCACGUCUCAGAUGGGACAGUUGAACGGGAGCGGUGGUCAGCUCUCGCAGCUGCACAUUGGACCCGGAGCAGCCGGCGGAGGCGGCCAUCAAGCCUCGUCGCCAAGUUUGCUGUCGGCCGCGUCCCAAGCCUAUCAGAUCGGUUCGGCGGCUCCGAACGCUGCUCCUGCGAUGAUCGGCCACCAUCAGCUGUCACCGGUGUCGGCCAACAUCACACUCAUGGGACAACCGAACGGCACAAACGGCGGCGAUAGCCUGAUCACCGUGUCAUCGACCGAACUGGUGUCCAUGCAGAGCCCAUCCAGCUGGUCCGCGCUGGCCAACCACCACCAUCACCACGGAGGCAGCGGCGGUGGCGGCAUCGGCGUCAGUGGUGGACACCAUCAGAUGCCGCCCAUGAACCCCACCAGGAUCAGCCCGCAACCCGCGCUCAUACCGACCGCGUGCAUGGGUGGCCAGAUGAGCCCCACGUCGGCCGCCUACUACCAGCCCCGGCAAACGCACCCUCCUUUUUACACUUGGUACUGACCGGCCGGCAAUUAAACGUCCUGUUCUUUUUCAUUUUUUCGUUCUUACAAGCGUCGACCUUUGACGUCCCGCACGCUUGCUGCAAGUUAGGUUUUUAGGUUAACAGGUUGAAAACCCGGGAACCGCGUGAAUGAAACUCAUGCACCAACACCCUCCCCCAGAACGAAUACGGGCUGUCGCAUCAUCACAAGGAUUCGUACACGACCAUUUGUACUUCUAUGAUGUAUAAACAUCCCAAUAUAUGUAUCUCAUUAUAGACCGUUUGUUUUUUUCUAACAAAAUUACGAUUCGUAGACUAAUAUAUUUACUAUAUUCCUCAUCAUAGAACAAAUUUAAAUUAUUAAAUCCUCGAGGAACUAUAUUCCUCAUCAUAGGACUAAUUUAAAUUAUUAAAUCCUCGAGAAGCGCAUUUAUGUACAACUGUACAAUUUAUGUUCAUAAUAUAUGUACAAAUAUAUAUCUGUUGAGAAAACUGUUUUUCUACACACGCACAGUAUAGAUAUUUUUAUUUUUAACUUCUUAACAGUAAAAUGUUUUUAAUAUUUCCAACUAGUUCAAACAGUGGCGUAAAAAAUUCUAUUAAAUUUUAAAUCACUGUUAAUCUUCCGGUGGUAUAAAAACCAUCGUAGUCGCGUAUAGGGAUUAAAUAAAAAUAUACGAGGAAAAGUAUAUCUACACAUAUGUAGCUAGCGCGAAUGUGCAAAUGACUUUGUUCCUUUGGAAAUAGUGAUUUUGAAAAUUACAAUUUUACUAUUCUAUAUCUCUUUGCGACAACGUGUUUGGGUGUGGAACUUCUGUGGUCGAACGUAGAAACGGUCCAGUAAGAGCAACGCACGCGUUCCCGGUAAUUUUAGCAACAAUGCGGUUUCUAUAACAGGAAGAGAGAUGCACAAGACACGACGUUCGUAGUAAAUUUUCAGAAAUCUAUUCAACCGACGACGCCACUGCGCAAACCGGUAACCAAACAAAAAACUACCGUUACCCGAAAACUUAGGUAAUCCGACCGACUAGACUAUAUAAUGUACCAUUACUACCUAAGUAUAAUAAUAGACGAACAGAUUCCCGUGUACAAAUUGUAUUACGCGUCCGUGGGUGUGUACGUGUUUAUAAUAGUUUACAUAUCCGGUGGACGCGAUGACAUUUUCUCCCCCUUGUCCUCACCACAAUAACCCCUGUUCAACACCCCCGUACCUAGGGCGACGCGCCACGCCACGGGACAUGGUGUACGGCGGCGGUAUUCACUGUAAAAACCCUCCGAGUCGGGACGAUAAUGUCUGUACGUCUCGGUAUUGUUAUAAAUUAUUGUUACGUCCGAGAAGUCAAGAGUUCCCCCUCCCCCCCCCCCCCCCCCCUGCCCCCGUAUACACAGGUAUCACGACCCCGGCGACGUACACGGUCCGCGCGCACAAAGACGGACAACAAUGAUUGCACGGGGUUCUCGGUGCGGCGGGUGCGAUCGCGUUUGCGGGACGUUACUUACACGUACACGUAUAUCGUAUACCGUUACGAAAAACGCGUUGUGCACUGCGAAUAUCUGGUGCGCGAUGAAACCCGCGUCCAAACGGAUCCUAUGCCAACAUCGAACGUUAUAAUAUCGUAUCGUUUCCACGAUCAGUGCACUCCCGGGCGCCGUAUCAACGUGUGACGCGCGUUGAUCCGCAAAACGGUGUUCAGCUCUUCGACAACGCAUUUAAGAUCUAAUACUAUGAUGUUCACGUUUCUGCAACGUUCGCAUUGCGUUACUCGUACGCCGCCGAUGUGUUUUUCGAACGCGAAUAUUGUCGUUUUCGCAAACGGUUCAAUCCGUGUUCCUAUUUUUUUUUUAAUUUUUUUCAAACGUUCUAUUUGACCGUAGUCGCUUCGGUACAGAAACGCACGUGUAAAAAAGUAUCAUUUUUGUACAUAGUUUUCGGUGACGUGAAUCGGUAGUGUUUGCUACUGUUAGGCAAAAACCAUAUGUUUUCAAACAAUGUCACGCGAUAUUACGAUCGAGGCGAACUCGUUACACGCUGCCACGAGUGUUUUGUUAUUGCAACUCCGAUACCUGAACGAUUAAUAAAAUGUAUUGAUAAUUUAUAUAAUCACGCAUAAAUAUUGUAUUUCAAUUGUAUAUUUGUUUUAAA